GCGUCACAAAGGCAACCUUGGAAGUCACAAGGGCGAGUCACAAGUGAAGUUUUUCGGUCUAUUAACCUUGGAGUCUUUAAAGUUCUAGGUAUCUAUUUAGGGAACAAUAUCAAAUUUUUAUCUGUAAACCUGGGCAUACUUCGUUGACAACUGCAACGAUCUACCUUCCCAUCCAUCAGCCCUACGAUCUACGGUGGGUCCAACAAACAUCCUACACCCAUAAGCACGUGGUUUCCCGGCAUUUCCUUCUAUUCCCAACCUCCCAAAUACAACAUUCUGCCUUUAUCUAAAUCUCUGUUAAACGCUCUCAUCAUGUCGCCCUCUAGUAAUGAGCGCGACCCCAGCAGCGUAGAGCCGCAAAUUAACCCAAACCCGCAGCUACAAUCAUAUUACCACUCCCUCGAAUCCCGACUAGGAUACAGGCUGCUUCUAGGCGGUACAAGGCACUUCGGUUAUUGGAAACAUGACACACACUGGCCUUUCCCACUCUCAAAAGGCUUACGCUCUAUGGAGGAUAAGCUAGCUGAGGCGAUUGCACUGCCGCGCGACUCCCAGGUAUUGGAUGCCGGAUGUGGCGUGGGCCACGUAGCCCUCCGUAUGGCGAAAAAGCACGGACUGCGCAUCGAGGCUAUAGAUGUCGUAGAUCAUCAUGUCAGUAAGGCCCAGCGAAACGUAGAACGGUCAGGCUUGCCACAGGGCGCGGUUAGGGUUCGGCAGAUGGACUACCACCACUUGGAGUCUUUCGCUUCCGAGUCUCUCGACGGCAUUUAUACUAUGGAGACAUUCGUACAUGCCACCGACCCCAAGGCGGUUCUAGCUGGCUUUUAUCGCAUUCUACGCCCGGGCGGUCAUCUCGCUCAGUUCGAAUACGACCACAACGCGCUCGAAACUGCGCCCCAGGACAUCGCGACUUCCAUGGUUCAGGUUAACAAAUAUUCUGCCAUGCCUACAAAUGCCAUAUCACACCCCGGGGUUUUCAGGAAGAUGUUGGAAGAGGCGGGGUUUGAGAAUAUCGUCGUUCGUGAUUAUUCGGAUAAUAUCCGACCUAUGAUACGGAUAUUCUUCCUUCUUGCCAUCGUCCCGUAUUUCUUCAUCCGUUUGUUCAGACUCGAGCGUUACUUCAUCAACACAGUUGCUGGAGUAGGGUCGUAUAGGGGACGUGAUCACUGGCAUUAUGUAGCUAUUUCUGCUACAAAACCUGGGGCUCCAAUCGAAGCAUCAAAAUCUAAAUAAAACAAUCUUUGUUUACAACAACUAUCUUUGAAAUUAUUAUCUACUGCUCAAAGAA